AUGAGCGGCCUUCGGUUCCUCGAUCUCGUCAAACCCUUCGUACCUCUCGUCCCCGAGAUCUCGCUCCCCGAGAGCAAAGUGCCCUUCAACAACCGCCUGGUAUGGACGGGUCUUACGCUUCUUGUCUUCCUCGUCAUGAGCCAGAUGCCACUGUACGGAAUCGUCUCCUCUGACACAUCCGACCCGCUUUACUGGUUGCGUAUGAUGAUGGCCAGUAACAGAGGUACACUCAUGGAGCUUGGUAUCACCCCCAUCAUCUCCUCCGGCAUGGUCUUCCAGCUUCUCGCCGGAACCCACCUCAUCGACGUAAAUCUCGACCUCAAGUCCGACCGUGAACUUUACCAGACCGCCCAGAAGCUUCUCGCUAUUCUCCUGUCCUUUGGUCAAGCCGUCGUUUACGUCAUCUCUGGUCUCUACGGACAGCCCUCUGACCUUGGUGCUGGUAUCUGCGUUCUCCUCGUUCUUCAGCUUAUGAUCGCCGGCCUGAUCGUCAUUCUCCUCGACGAGCUGCUCCAGAAGGGCUACGGUCUUGGCAGCGGUAUUUCGCUCUUCAUUGCGACCAACAUCUGCGAGUCGAUUAUGUGGAAGGCUUUCUCGCCCACCACUAUCAACACUGGCCGUGGUCCCGAGUUCGAGGGCGCCAUUAUUGCCCUUGUCCACCUGCUCUUCACCUGGCCCAACAAGACCGUCGCUCUCCGUGAGGCAUUCUACCGCCAGAACCUGCCCAACGUUAUGAACCUGAUCUCGACCGUCAUCGUUUUCGGCGCUGUCAUCUACCUCCAGGGUUUCCGUGUCGAGAUCCCCGUCAAGUCUGCUCGCCAGCGCGGUGUCCGCGGCUCGUACCCCGUCCGUCUGUUCUACACCUCCAACAUGCCCAUCAUGCUGCAGUCGGCGCUGUCCUCCAACGUCUUCCUGAUCAGCCAGAUGCUGUACAGCCGCUUCUCCGACAACUUGCUUGUCCAGCUUCUCGGCGUCUGGGAGCCUAAAGAGGGCUCCGCUCAGCUUUUCGCAACCUCCGGUAUCGCCUACUACAUGUCCCCUCCCCUCAGCAUCACUGAGGCCCUUUCCGAUCCUCUCAAGACCGCUGUCUUCAUCGUAUACAUGCUCGUCGCCUGCGCUGUCUUCUCCAAGACCUGGAUCGAAGUUUCUGGCUCUUCUCCUCGCGAUGUUGCUAAGCAGCUCAAGGAGCAGGGCCUCGUCAUGGCCGGUCACCGUGAGGAGUCCAUGUACAAGGAGCUCAAGCGCGUCAUCCCCACUGCUGCCGCUUUCGGUGGUGCUUGCAUUGGUGCUCUCUCCGUCGGCAGCGACCUUCUCGGUGCUCUCGGUAGCGGAACUGGUAUCCUACUCGCUGUCACUAUCAUCUACGGAUACUUCGAAAUCGCUGCUAAGGAAGGCGACAUGUCCGGCCUCAAGGGUAUGGUCAUGGGCUAG